AUGAAACAUAAUGUAACCAUUCUGCCUUUCACUUUAAACAGAGAUAAACAAAAUCCAGACGUGAAAAAGGCAAGUUCCUCCACCACAAUGAGCUCUGAACAUGAAGAAAUUGAUGUUGCAAAAACUGUUGUCAAUGGGCUGAGCAGCAAUGGACAAGAAAAAGAAACGGAUCCCACUAAAGUCUGCAGCGGAAAAGGAGCUGUGACCCUCCGGGCAUCUCCAGCCUAUGAAGAGAAACAGAAUAUCACUUCGCCAUGUCCUCAGGUUGUUGAGCAACCUGAAAAUGAUUGGAGGUCGUCAUCUAACACUGAUGCCAAUGGGGAUGCCCAACCAUCUUCUCUGGCUGCCAAGGGUUAUAGGAGUGUGCGUCCGAACCUUUCCUCAGACAGCAAGCCACAGGAUGCCACUGCCACCACCACAGCUCAGCCUGGAGUUAUAGUAGUCCCCCUCCUCCAGGUUAAUCCAGACAGACAGCAAGAAGGCAGCUCCAGCACUCCACCACCGCCUCUGGUUCCUUUUGGGCAAGGCUCCAUAUUCCCCGAGACUGUUUCUCCUGGCUCACCCUUGACUUUUCCGACUCUAGAUGAUUUCAUUCCCCCACAUCUCCAGAGGGGUUCCCACCAUAACCAAGCACCCUCCGCAUCUGGCACGUUACCCUCUGUUUACCCGAAACUGCCAUUCUUCUCAUCACCACCUUCACUUGUCCCUCCAGUCACGGGGGCUUUGCACAGGGGCUUGAAGCCUGAAAUCACUGGAGUCAUCUCACAUACAGACCCAGGUCCUGUGCUAAAUGAAGUGCCCCAGCCUGGCACUGGCACUGACUAUCCAACCUCCUUCACUUCAAUCAACAAGUCUUCUUCUGCCUAUCCCUCUACCACAAUCGUCAAUCCCACUAUUGUCCUCUUGCAGCACAAUCGAG